UAUAGAUUUAAGCAACUUUGAGUAACAUGGAGAAGAAAUGAGCACGGAGAGCCCAUUCUCAUCACCUCAAACCUACAUUGAUGAGUUUGACCCUGUAGAUUACUACAGAACAUACUAUCACCCUGAAGAAGGAAGUUUUAUUGGAGAAUGGCUUGAGUUUGUACUGCGGAACCUUCAUGAAACUUUCACCUCAGGUGGUGUUAAAGGAGACCUAUUAAUUGACUUUGGAGCUGGACCCGCAAUUUACCAACUUGUCUCUGCUUGUGAAGCUUUUAACAAUAUAAUCACUUCUGAUUUUCUGGAGCAAAACCAAACACAGCUACAGAAGUGGCUGAGGAAGGAUCACGAUGCACUUGACUGGACUCAUAUUGUCAAGAGGGUGUGUGAGCUGGAAGGUAACAGUGACAAUGAGAGCUGUAAGAAGAAGGAAGAAAAACUCAGGAGAACGGUGACAAAAGUCCUGAAAUGUGAUGCUCUGAAGGAGAACCCAUAUGACCCGGUGAAGAUGCCACAAGCUGAUUGCCUGAUCAGUUGCCUCUGCUUAGAAGCCGCCUGCAAAGAUGUAGAAUCCUUGACCAAUGUGUUGAGGAAUUUUAAGAGCUUAAUUAAACCAGGGGGUAACAUACAGAUGUCAGUUUUUGAUCAGUUUCCCAGCAUCUGA